AUGAUCCAUGAAUUAGUUUGCCUCUGCCACCAGGGGCAGUAACUUGUGUUUUUUUUUCUCAAUGGCUAGUAAUAAUUGAUUUUAAGAUGCGUCGAAUCUUUUUCUCUUUUAUUUUAAUUUACUGCACAUUUAACUGCGAAGCUGGGUAUGGAAUUCCGGCUUCUAGUGACACAUAUGGACAAUCAGACGUUCAGGCCCCUCCAUAUGUACCGGCUUAUUUGAAAAACCAGAACUUUGCGAAAACUGGCUACCCAGGCGUGAAAACUCACUACGGCGGCACGAAGACAGUAUACGGUGGUACAAAAACUGGGUACGGAGGAACCAAAACUGGUUAUGGAGGGACUGGUUACGGUGGACCUAACACCGGCUACGGAGGACCCCACGGCGGAUAUGGAGGAUCCAACAUGGGUUAUGGCCAAAGUAGUGGUGGCCAUGGGUUUUCCUGGGUCACCCCAUCUCAGUAUUCCGAAACCAGGUCUUGGCAUUCUCAUUCCGGAGAAGCGCCUAAUUACCAACAGUUCGUCGAUAAUGCAAUGCAAGGUUUGCAACCGAAAUGCGACCCGGAAUGCAGGAACACAGGCAUAUGCGUUGACACAAACACGUGCCUUUGUCCAGCUAACUAUCAAGGGAAGUACUGUGAGUUCGAGAAGAAACCUUGUCUAUCAUACCCGCCUCUGCCAAUGAAUGCUCGUAGGAAAUGUUCGAGCGAACUGUGCACGAUCACCUGCAUGGAAGGUUACAAGUUCAUCGACGGCACAACCGUGGCCAACAUGCAGUGCACUGAGGGCGAGUGGCAGCCGACCCGGGCCGACUUCACCACGAUCCCGGACUGCGAGCCCCAGUGCGAGCCCCCCUGUGUGAACGGCGGGAUCUGUUUGUCUCUCAAUAUGUGCCAAUGCUCAGCCGAAUACAGGGGACCGCAGUGUCAAUAUUCAACCAGUGUUUGCGACAUAAGGAAGCUGGCUUUCAACGGUGGUUACAAGUGCUUCGGAGACGGAGAAAAGUUCAGCUGCAAGCUCAAAUGUCCCAGGGGCUCCAAGUUCAGUGCGACACCGGCUCCCGUCUACACUUGUCACUACGACAGCGGAGUGUUCCUCCCGCAACCGAUACCACAGUGUGAAUUCCAGGACGUCGUGGUCAUAAGUCCGAAUCAUCACAACAAUUCGUCGUACUAUUCGUACUCGCAAGGUUCGAGUGAGUCUCACUCAAGGGAACGAGGUGAUACGCCGUCUCACUCGAGCGAGGCUCACGGCUAUGGCCACACUGGUGGACCCCACGGCUCCUAUGGCAUCAAGGAAAACCCUUUGGUGGUCAUACAGGAUUUCACGCCCAAAGGAGGCACUUGCUUGAGUUGGGCUGGUGUGCAUUAUAAGACCUUUGAUGGGAAAAUUUACAGCGUGCAAUCACCAUGCCAACACGUUCUGAUCCGAGAUGCCAAAGAACAUAAAUACACGGUGGCGGUCAAACAAGGAGAGUGCAAACGUUACCCGUACUGUCCAAGUGAAAUCACCAUUUACCUAGAGGACAAACCAUUUUUCUUGUCCGUUGACGAGGACGGGUCGGUGUCAUUCCGCAACAGUCGUCGGUUGAUCCCGAUGCCGGCCUCCCUGCCCGGCCUCAGGGUGGCCAUGCCCAGCGACUACGUGCAAGUCAACCUGGACAAUGCUGGGGUCACUCUCAAAUGGGACACCAACAAUUUAAUAUUGGUAGAAGUCUCUGUAUUACUGUGGAACAACACCGAAGGUCUGUGUGGGAAGCUUGAUGGUAACCCAGAGAACGACUUUACAACCAAAGCAAACACGUUGGCCAAAACGAAAUCUGAAUUCGCUUCUUCGUGGAAACUCAACAAGAUUGGAGAUACAUGCGAGGGUAAUCCUACAGAGUCAAGCGCUUGUGAAUCCAAAGGAGAUGAGGACUUGAAGAAAGCAAUGCAAUUCUGUACAAGAAUCUUCAGUAAAGAUAAAUUUAGGAAAUGUUCAAAGGUAAUGGAUGUGUCGUUAUUACUGGAAGCUUGCCAAUGGGAUUACUGUGCUUGUACAAAAUCUCUAAGUCCAGAGGAAUGUGCCUGCAGUACAGUCGCGGUGUAUGCCAAGGAGUGUCUCCGUCACGGUGUGGAGGAGAUGAAGAACUGGCGCGAUCCUGACACCUGUCCAAUGAAAUGCCCGGAAGGCAAGAUAUACAAGGCGUGCGGCCCAGAUGUGCAGGCAAGCUGUGCCUUCCCGAACGUGCCAGCCGUCAGCAGCGCGGACAACGUCACCUGCGUCGAGGGCUGCUUCUGUCCCGAGGGUCUCCUACUGGAGGCGGGACGAUGUGUCCAGCCAGCCGAUUGUCCCUGCAGACUCAGGAACAAGAGCUUCAAACCAGGAAGCGUUCUGCCCAAAGAAUGUAAUACGUGCACGUGCUCGCGCGGCGCGUGGGUGUGCUCGGAGGCGGCGUGCGGGGCGCGGUGCGGGGCGGUGGGGGACCCGCACUACACUACGUUCGACGGGCUGCGGUACGACUUCAUGGGCCGCUGCUCCUACACCAUGCUGCAGGCGGGCAACCUUACUGUCGACGUGGAGAACGUGGCCUGCUCCGGAGCCAUCUCUGAGGAAAUGAAUCUAACACCAUACAAAGGUGCAGGCUCACCUUCUUGCACCAAGGCCGUCAACUUGAACUACGGAGAAAUUAAGGUCCAUCUGAAGCAAGGAGGGUUUAUACUUGUGAAUGGGAAGGAAGUCGCCACACUGCCCGUUAUGAUCGGGAAUGUCAGAAUCAGAGCGGCUUCAUCUCUUUUCCUCAUCGUGCAACUUCCCAACAAAGUGGAUCUCUGGUGGGAUGGCAACACAAGAGUCUUCAUAGAUGUGCCACCAGAAUUCAAGGAUAAAACGAAGGGCCUCUGCGGAACUUUCAAUUUGAACCAGAAAGAUGACUUCUUAACGCCCGAGAAUGACGUGGAACAGUCAGCCCUCGCGUUCGCCAAUAAGUGGAAGACCAGGGAGUUCUGUGCGGAUAUCGAUAACAAAGAACCGGAGCACCCCUGCGUGGCCAACGUCGAGAACAAAGCUGCAGCCGAGAAGUACUGCAGCAAGCUCAUGAGUAAUCUGUUUGAAGAGUGUCACUGGUACGUGGACGUGGAGCCGUACUACCAAGCGUGCCUGUACGACAUGUGCGCAUGCGCGGGGGACGUGACCCGGUGCCUGUGCCCCGUGCUCGGGGACUACGCCAUGGUGUGCGCCAAGAACGGGAUCAUCCUGCAGUGGCGGUACAACGUUAAGGAGUGCGAGCUGUCGUGCACCGGUGGCCAGCAGUACACGGUGUGUGCUGACAGUUGUCUCCGCAAGUGCUCGGACACAGCCUUGGCGGCCUCCGGGCAGUGCAAGCCUGUCUGUGUGGAGGGCUGCGCCUGCCCGCCCUCACAGCUCCUAGACGACAACGGAGUGUGUGUUCCCGUCGCGAAGUGUCCCUGCAUCCAUAAGGGCUUGCAGUUCAACGCUGGAUAUAAGGAAAUAAGACCUGGGAGACGGGAGAGAGAAUUGUGUACUUGUGUCGGUGCUCGUUGGGACUGCAAGCCUGCCACUCCUGAGGAGAUCCAGAACUAUCCUCCAGCUGAAGACUUGAGAAGCAAUUGCACAGCCCAGAACAUGGAAUUCACCACUUGCGAGACAUCGGAACCACUAACAUGCAAGAAUAUGCACCUACCCCCGAGCACGCAGACCGCGGAGUGUCGCCCCGGAUGUCAGUGCAAGAAGGGCCAGGUGCUGGACACCGCGUCCAAGCGCUGCGUGCCCGCCACCCAGUGCCCGUGCCACCACGCCGGCCGGAGCUACCCCGACGGACACCUCAUGCAAGAGGAGUGCAACAAAUGCGAAUGCAAAAACGGCAACUGGUCGUGCACGCAGCGCAAGUGUGCGGGCGUGUGCGGCGCUUGGGGCGACUCCCACGUCAACACGUUCGACGGAACACAGUACGACUUCGAAGGAGUAUGCACUUAUCUACUCGCGAAAGGUGCUAUGGACGGAACCGAUGGCUUCGAUGUCGAGAUACAGAACGUCCCGUGCGGCACAACAGGAGCGACCUGUUCCAAAUCUGUCACUUUGAAGGUCGGAGGAGCUGGAAACGAGGAGAUCGUGUCCCUAACCAAAAACGCGCCCAUUCCUGAUAUCUCUAAGCUCAAACGGAUAAAGAUGCGUAAGGCCGGUGCGUACGUGUUCCUGGAUGUACCGUCUCUAGGAAUGAGCCUGCAGUGGGAUCGAGGGUUGCGGGUUUACGUCAAGAUCGACACUAUGUGGCAGGGACGAGUGAAAGGUCUGUGUGGUAACUACAACGGAGACAUGCGAGAUGACUUCCAGACUCCGUCGGGAGGCGGCAUGUCGGAGUCCUCUGCUCUGAUAUUCGCUGACUCGUGGAAACUGAAGCCGACCUGCCCUAAGCCUCAACCUGUUAUUGAUCAUUGCAAGCAACGUCCGGAGCGCAAGGAGUGGGCGCAGAGCGUGUGCGGCGCGCUGAAGCGGUACCCGUUCAGCCUGUGCGCGGGGGAGGUGGGCGCGGGCGCGUACGUGGCGCGGUGCGAGCGCGACGCGUGCGCGUGCGACGCGGGCGCCGACUGCGAGUGUGCGUGCGCCGCGCUCGCCGCCUACGCACACGCGUGUGCGCACCGCGGCGUCACCUUCAACUGGAGAACUAACGACUUGUGCCCAAUGCAAUGCGACGAAGAGUGCUCGAAUUACGACUCGUGCGUGUCGGCGUGUCCCAUCGAGACGUGUGACAACAUACUGUACUACGCCGAGACGAAGGCUCGCUGCGAGCAGGACACGUGCGUGGAAGGUUGCAAGCCCAAAAAGUCUUGCCCGGAAGGCUCGGUCUACAAGAAUGACUCCACCACGGAAUGCGUGCCCCGCGCCAAGUGCAAGCCGGUCUGCAUGACCCUCGACGGCGGCAGGGAGGUGCUCGAAGGAGAGAUCAUCGAGGAGGACGCCUGCCACACUUGCCGAUGCUCCAAGAAACACAAAGUGUGCACGGGACAGCCUUGCUCUACUGAAGCGCCUCGAAUCCAAGCGACCUCAUCGUCUGCCGAGCCGGCUACAGAGAGGCCUCACGACGAGCCGCUGAAGUGUGUGACUGGCUGGACGCCCUGGAUCAACCGGGGACCCGCCGAGAUCGGCCCCGAUGGACAGUCCGUCGAGAGCGAGCCGCUACCCAAACCUAAUGAGCUGCAAAUCGGUAAGCCAAUGUGCAAACCCGAAAUGAUGAAGAAGAUUGAGUGCCGCACCGUAAAUGAUCACAAGACUCCGAAAGAGACCGGACUGAACGUAGAGUGCAGCUUGGAGAACGGACUCGUGUGUGAGGAGCCAGAGAAAACCUGUCCCGACUUCGAGAUCAAGGUCUACUGCGAAUGUGAAGAGCCGCAAGUGUGCGUGGAGUCGGCUCGUCCCAGUGAGCCGCACCCCACGGACUGCAGCAAGUUCUACGAGUGUGGCCCCGCCGGGCCCGUGCUGAAGAACUGUGGGCCCGGCACGUGGUACAACCCUCAGUCCAUGGUCUGCGACUGGCCCGCCGCUGUAGCCGCUGUCCGGUCGGACUGCGCCUUCACCACCCAAAAACCCCAGGACACCAGUCCCCCAGUGACUGUCACCAGCGAAGCUUCUUCAGAACCAGAAUUUGGUAAAUGUGUAAUGAUCUACCAAAUAUCCUCAGUGAGCACCACAUUAGCGACAACCACAUCCCGGUGCCCUCCCGGGGAGGUCUACCAGGCCUGCGCCUACAAGUGUGACCGCCUCUGUGACCACUUCAAGAAGACUCUCAUUGCGAAGGGCAGAUGCAUUAGCGAGAUGUGCGUGGACGGAUGUGUGGAUGAGUCCGUGGCCAGCACUCGGUGCGAGGGCUCCUCGCGUUGGCGAGACGAGCGAACCUGCGUCCCCGUCAAGGACUGCACGUGCUACAACGACGGGCAAAUCGUCAAGCCAGGAGGAGUGACGGAGUCCGGCUGCAUCAAGUGUCAGUGUUUGGACAACAACCUGUACUGCGACUCUAAGGACUGUGUCUCGUUGAACAUCCCUCACCAAGGGUCCACCCACCUGCCGUACAUCGUGCGGCCGGUCAGCACCACGACCACCAGUACGACCACCACUACAACCACCACUACAACCACCACCACAACCACCACCACUCCUGCACCGACUGAGACGACCACCGAGACUACGGUGCCGCUUAUAAUCAAAUCGACCGUGUCUCCGCCCCCAGAAUGUUCGCCGGACAACUAUAUAGACUUGGUAAUGGGAGACGAGCCUCUCCCCGACACAGCGUUCACCGCCAGUUCAGAGUUCAGUGAGAUCUUCGCUCCGCACAACGCUAGACUAAAUCGAGGACCAACGAAUUCUGGAGCCGGCAGUUGGAAUCCUAAAGUGAACAAUGACAAGCAGUACAUACAAGUGGAGCUUCCUCGUCGGGAGCCGAUCUAUGGGGUCGUCUUGCAGGGCAGUCCCAUCUUCGACCAGUACGUCACCAGCUACGAGAUCAUGUACGGAGACGACGGCAACACCUUCUCGACUGUUGACGGACCUGAUGGCAAACCUAAGAUAUUCCGUGGCCCGAUUGACAACACUCAUCCAGUAAAGCAGAUGAUAAGUCCUCCCAUCGAGGCCAAGGUGGUCCGCAUCAGACCCCUGACGUGGCACGAUGAGAUCUCCCUCAGGCUGGAGCUCAUCGGAUGCGCGGAGCCCCUCACCACAGAAACUUCGGAGCCUACUCCCACCUCUGAAUCACCACUACAAUGUACGGAGCCGCUUGGGUUGAUCGGUGAGUUGCCGCUAGAGAACAUUCAGGUCAGCUCCAAUAGCGAGGAGAAGGACUACCUUUCCAUCAACGGAAACCGAGGCUGGAAGCCGCUGUACAACACGCCGGGAUGGGUCAUGUUCGACUUCACAGGGCCCCGUAACAUCACCGGUAUCCUCACCAAAGGCGGAAACGACGGAUGGGUCACCUCCUACAAAGUCCUUUACACCUCAGACUUCGAAACUUUCAACCCAGUCAUCGACAAAGACGGCAAAGAGAAAAUAUUCCCGGCAAAUUUCGAUGGAAUCGUAUCGGUGACCAAUGAGUUCCGCCCGCCCAUACGUGCGAGAUACUUGAAGGUUCUGCCGCAGAAAUGGAACAAAAACAUCGAAUUGAGAAUCGAACCCAUUGGAUGCUUCGAGCCAUAUCCUGAAAUCCUACGAUCGCUGCCAGAAGAGGAAGAAGGAAGGGAAGAACCCCAAGUCGUUAGAAAAGAAUACGGGAUGUCACAGGAGGGUGAAAUGCCGAAUUGUCACAUCUGUCCCGGAGUAGAGGCGAAGGAGUGCACGUGCUCAUACCCGGAAUACUUUGACGGGGAGAACUGUGUGCCGAGGGCCGAGUGCCCUUGUGUCGAAUCAUUUAUGACGUACCCUGUAGGAUCUACGUUCAGGGGCGCGAACUGUGACGAAUGUGUCUGCAAACUAGGAGGGACCACCGAAUGUAAACCAUUCAAAGAAUGCCAGUGUGACGACGAAUCCCUAGUACCGAAACUUUCUCCGACGACUUGCGACUGCACCUGCGAGCCCUGUACAAACGGUACCAAGAUAUGCAAGACGAGCAAGCUGUGCCUGGCUCUGGAGUCGUGGUGUGACGGCGUCCAGGACUGUCCGGACGACGAGCGGGACUGCACGACCUCGACCGCCCGGACAACGACCACGGAGCCGACCGUCGUCACUACCGUAGCGCCCACGCAGGCUGCCACUGCACCUCCCACGACCACGACCCCCAAGCGUCUGCCCCUUAAGAAACAAGCGCACAAGUCACACUACAUUGAUCGUCCGAGAAUACAUCGACCAGCGGUCGUCGAAUGUCCGAAAGUGGAAUGUCCUCCCGGUUACAUCAUCAGUUACACCACCGGUUCAUCAUCGAGCUACUCCCGCGCUUUCUCAUCAGACCUGCCUCCACCUAGGCCCAGGUACUCGUACCAGAGGUACUACAGAGGACGUUCCACAGGAGGGUACUCUGGUUACGCCAAGACUGGUUAUUCAAAAGGAGGAUUCUCUAAAGGCGGCUUCUCAAAAGGUGGAUAUGGUUACCCGUCGAUUCCACGUUCGAACCAAGCCUUCACCCUGGACAAACCGGCCCUUACGAACAAACAGCCCACUUCGAAGGAGGAAUGCGCCCAGUUCAAGUGUAUACCCAAACUGCCGGCCUUCAAGCCCGGCGUGGUGCCGCCGCCGGUUGCGUGCUCCGUGGUCACGUGUCCCGCCGGAUAUACCCUCAAACUCGAUAAAGUGCCGACCGGAUAUAACAAAUGCCCGCAGUACGAAUGCGUGCCACCACCAGAGCGUCCAGUUUUCUGCAACAUGACCGGAAGGACUUUCAACACGUUCGACGGCAUGGAGUAUAAGUAUGACGUCUGCUUCCACAUGCUGGCUAGGGACAACAAAUUCGACGCCUGGCUUAUUAUCGUCCGAAAGAACUGCCGCCUGGACGGUUGCACUAACGAAUUGAUCGUAAUGCAAGACGAUCAAUUGAUUCAAGUGAAGCCUAACAUGAUGGUCACGUACAACAACUACGAGUACACAAUCGAACAGACAAAGAAGAUUUGCUUCCAGAAGAACAGCUUCGAUGUGGACCGCCUCGGGAACGGAAUCUCUAUCACGUCGAGAAAGUACAAUUUCACUGUGCUCUUUAAUAAAGAAGGAGAUGUUAAGAUUGGGGUAUUGAAGAAGCACAUGGGCGGAGUGGACGGUCUGUGCGGAGCCUAUGAUGGCUCGUUGGCCAACGAGCGGCGUCUCCCGGACGGUCGGGUCGCGACUUCGAUAGACGAGUUCGGUCGCAGCUGGGCUAAGCCCGGCGUCCCCGCCGACGCCUGCGCCCCACGAGUCGCCUCCGCGCACAAACAGCGGAGAGCUUGGGACCUCUGUAACGUUAUUACGGAAGAGCCGUUCUCGCAAUGCGGCAAAGUCCUGAACUUGGACAAGUGGCGGCACAUUUGCUUGGAGAAGAUCUGCGAGUGCACCGACCUCGUCGUCAACGGCACCAAGCGCACCGAGGAGCAGUGCCGCUGCCUCGUGCUGCAGCAGAUGGCGGCCGAGUGCCUCGCGGCAGACGCCGGCGUCGACCUCGCCUCCUGGAGGCUCAUGAUGGACUGUCCGGCGGACUGUCCCCCGCCGCUGGUGCACUACGACUGCUACCGCAAGCGAUGCGAGGAGACGUGCGCGCCCUACCCGAACGCCGCGCGCGCCUGCCCCGCGCAGGAGGGACAGUGCUCGCCGGGCUGCUACUGCCCCGACGGGAAGCUUCGGAAGGGAGACCAGUGCGUGCUGCCAGCGGACUGCUUGGACUGCACGUGUACAGGAGUCGGUACACCAGCUAAGUACACUACCUUUGAGGGCGACGACCUUCCCUUCUUGGGCAACUGUACCUACCUCGCCUCCAGAGACAGAAACCAAACUGGAGAACAUAAAUAUCAGGUGUACGCUACGAACGGCCCGUGCGAUGAUAACGCUAAUAUUGUGUGCACUAAGAUUGUGCAUCUCAUAUACGAGAAGAAUGUUAUCCAUAUUAGCAAGGAUCCCACAACCAAAAAGCUUCGUACAGUGAUAGGGAAGACCGCGGUGUUCAAGUAUCCGGUUAAGGAGAACUGGGGCACCAUCAGCUUGCUCAACGGACAGGAUGUCUCCGUCACCCUGCCGGAUAUACACGUGGAGCUGACAGUGUCGCAACUGAACCUGGAAUUCGCCGUCCGCGUGCCGACCUUCCUGUACGGGAACCGAACUGAGGGUCUGUGCGGAGUGUGCGCCGGCUACCAGGACUUCCUCGUCACCAGCAACGGAACUGUCACCGAUGACUUCGACUUGUACGGCAAGAGCUGGCAAGCGUCACCCGAGAAGCUGACGGAGCUGGAGGUGCCGAGCGACGAGCAGUGUGACGCGCCGCCCCCGCCCGCCCCCUGCACGCCGCCCCCGCCCGACAACAACACCUGCUACCACCUGUACAACGCUGACAGAUUCGGAGCCUGCCACGCGCUGGUGGAGCCGCAGCCGUACGUGGAGUCGUGCGAGGCGGACGAGUGCGGCGGGCGCGGUCCGUGCGACGCGCUGCAGCGAUACGCGGCCGCUUGUGCCGAGCUCGGCCUAUGUCUGCCGGACUGGCGGCGGGAACUCUGCCCCUAUCCUUGUGAGGAACCGUUCGUGUACCGAGCGUGCGUGGACUGCGAGAGGACGUGCGACAACUACGAGCAGUUGCAGACCAGCCCGGAGAAGUGCACCAACAAACCCGUCGAAGGAUGUUUCUGUCCCGAAGGAAAGGUGCGCGUGAACAGCACGUGCAUAGAGCCCGGCAAGUGCUUCCCGUGCGGCGUCGACGGACACUACGCGGGCGACGAGUGGCAGGAGGACGCGUGCACGUUGUGCGCGUGCGCCCGCAGCCCGGACGGCACGGCGCUGGUCGGCUGCCGCGCCACCAGCUGCGCGCCGCCCGUGUGCGCGCACGGUGAGGACCUGCGCACCGCGCCGCCGCCGCCCGGACAAUGCUGCCCGGAAUACGACUGUGUCGCGAAACCCGAGGCACAGUGUAAAGAGACCAAGAAGAUUGUUUGCGAUUACGGUCAAGUGCUGAAACAGAAGACAAACCCUAGCGGCUGCAAGGAAUACUUCUGCGAAUGCAAGCCGUCCAGUGAAUGCGAAGUGAUUCCUCCGGAGAGUGAGGUGGAGAUAGUCGAGGCUGGUAUCCAUCGCGAGAUCGACAACUCUGGAUGCUGUCCGCGCGUGUCGCUCGUGUGUCGCCCCGAAACAUGUCCAAAGCCACCGCACUGUCCCCAGUUCCAAACCCUCGCCUCUGUCAAUAUCACCGGCAAGUGCUGUCCGGAAUACAAGUGCGAACUACCUAAAGACAAGUGCAUCGUCACUCUAGAAUGGGAGGCGGCUGCUAAAGGCGGCGAGAAGCCACGAGAAAAACCACAAACUGUGCUAAAAGAUUUGGAAGCCGUCUGGCUGGACGGUCCGUGCCGGUCGUGCGAGUGCGCGCUGUCCGGCGCGGGUCCGGCGGCGACGUGCGCGGUGUCGGCGUGCCCGGCGGUGGUCAGCUCGGAGCUGUUCGUGCUGGAGCCGCGCCCCGUGCCCUUCGCGUGCUGCCCGGAGCCCGUGCAGGUCGCGUGCAGACACCAGGAUAAUGUCUACAAGGUCGGCGAGAAGUGGAAGUCCCCCACGGACGUGUGCGAGACGUACGAGUGCGCGGCGGACGGCGACGGCAAGCUGCAGCGGCUCGCGGCCGUGCAGCGCUGCGACCAGCACUGCCAGCCCGGUUGGAAAUACGUCCCGGCUGAAGCCGAUAGCGGUCAGUGCUGUGGGAAGUGCGAGCCCGUGGCCUGCGUGGUGGAUGGAGAGGAGAAGCCAAUAGGCGAGAAGUGGACGUCCUCGGACUUCUGCACGAACUUCACCUGCGUGAACCUCAAUGGCACCCUCCAAGUCCAAAGCUCGAAUGAGACUUGCCCGGAGAUAUCGGAUGCUGAACGGAAGCAGUUCGUGCUGAAGGAGCAGAAGGUCCCAGGGAAGUGCUGCCCCAAGAUCGAACGUGAGGCGUGUCGAGUGGGAGAUCAGAUAUACCAGGUCGGCGAGAACUGGACGUCGACCGAGAACUUGUGUGAGAGCUACCGAUGCGUGCGGGACGGGGGCGGCGGCCUGCGCUCCGUGGCCUCCGAGCAGCGCUGCGAGACCGACUGCCAACCCGGCUGGAAGUACUUCCCGGCGCCGGCGGAGUGCUGCGGCCGCUGCAAGCCCGUCGCCUGCGUCGUGGAAGGGCGGGAGAGGCCCGUCGGGGAGAGCUGGACGUCUGCCGACUUCUGCACCAACUACACCUGCGCCGACCUGCACGGGACCCUACAAGUGCAAAGCUCAAACGAGACUUGUCCUGAAGUGUCGGAGGCUGUGAAGAAACAGUUCGUGCUCAAAGAGGAGAAAAUCCCGGGCAAGUGCUGCCCCAAGGUCGAGCCGGUCGCGUGUCGAGAUGGCGACAAAAUAUAUCAGGAGGGUCAGGUGUGGACCACACCGGACCCGUGCACCAACCGGACGUGCAGGCGGGAGGACGGGCAGCUGUCCGUGGGCCGCACGGUGGAGCACUGCGAGCGACAGUGCCGGCGCGGCUGGACGUACUCACCGCCCGCCGCCGACCGGUGCUGCGGGCGCUGCGUGCAGUCUGCCUGCCUCGUCGACGACCAGCUCAAGGAACCCGGCUCCACGUGGUCCUCGGCCGACAACUGCACCACAUUCAGCUGCGACCGAAGCGGGGAGGAGGUGUUCGUGACGUCAGCCACCGAGCACUGCCCCGACGUGUCGGCCUGCGACCCGGCCGACAUUGUCAAUACCACCUGCUGUCAGAUCUGCAACGAGAAACCGCAAGCCCUCAGUAAAUGCGUCCCUAAGAGCAUCCCGAGCUCAGAGACGGUAGGACUGAUCCGCAUCCCGAUGGGAGCCCACGGCCUGUGCGUCAACAAGUUCCCCAUCACCGGCUUCACGGAGUGCCACGGCUCCUGCGACUCCGGAACUAUCUAUAACAACCAGACCGGUACGCACGAGUCUGCGUGCGAGUGUUGUCAGGCCGCGAAGUACAGCGGCGUGUCCGUGCGACUCACGUGCGAAGACGGGACGGUCCGACCGCACCGGGUCGCCACGCCGGCGCGCUGCCACUGUGCCGCCUGCGGACCGGGACUCACUAAGCACCCUAAACCUGGUCACGCAUCCUACACUGGUACCAAGAACCCAGUACAGCCGGAGCGGGACAGGGAGUACGUGAUCCCGGAUAUAUUCCAGCGCUUCGGGGGAAGCGAGGAGAAACCACGACUCUAAUUACAUCACGACUUUGAUAAUUAGUUUUUAACGUUUAAGUAAUUAACAAAAAUAUAAAAUUGUAGUAGUUUUAAAAAAAAACACCUGGCAACAUUAAAAUGUUGAUGCAUUUAAUUAUAUAAAAGUGCUCAAAAUAUUUUUUCAUCAAAUGAAACAAAGUUUUAUUUGAUCAGUGAUAUAUUUUUAUAAAUAAAAAAAAUAAUCCAUAAAUAAAA